GGUUUGGGACACUUUGUUGACACUCACCCUAGCAACAUGCUGGUCAAUCGUAUAACGACACUGGUCUCCUCCCAGGCUGUUCGGGGAACAACAUUGCGUUGCAUUGGCGCACGAGCCGCUUAUUCUACCAACGGUCAAGACUUUAAAGUGACAGACACCGAAAUACAAAUUGGCGACAAGAAUUACAAAAAAGACGCAUGGACCAAUGUAUCACCUACGACGUUAUCACGAGUGAAUCGAAAACUGCAUUUGCAUCCACAGCAUCCCAUUUCCAUUAUUCGUCAACUUAUUGAAUCGCAUUUUCAUGACUUUAAGCCAUUCAACGAAUUCAGCCCAGUUGUCACCACAAAACAAAACUUUGACGAUUUGCUUAUUGCCAAGGAUCAUGUCACUCGCAACCGGUCGGACAACUAUUACAUUAAUGAAUCUACCAUGUUGCGUGCCCACACCUCUGCACACCAGCUGCAAGGCAUGCGUUCGGGAGCAAACAAGUUUCUGAUAAGCGGCGACGUGUUUCGACGCGACGAGAUUGACGCAUCGCAUUAUCCCGUGUUCCACCAGAUGGAAGGUGUUGUUUUUUUUGAUGCCGACCCUGUAAAGACGGCAGAGCAGGUCAAUGCAGAUAUUGCGAGCGGACGAUUGAAGGAGGCCGAGAAUGUCAAGGUGGUGGACGAUACGAUUGUCAAGCCUGAAAACCCAAUGCAGGCAUGUCACACGCCGGAAACAUUGGAACCGAUUGCUGCUCAUCUGAAAUACAGCAUCAAUUCCAUGUUGUGGAAGCUGUUUGCGGAUGAACAGGAUUUGGAGGUGCGCUGGAUCGACGCCUAUUUCCCGUUCACCAGCCCAAGUUGGGAAGUCGAGAUCAAGUACAAGGGCGAAUGGCUUGAGGUGUUGGGGUGUGGUGUUGUACAACAAGAAUUGAUGAACCAAGCAGGCCUUCAUGACAAGAUUGGUCAUGCAUUUGGGUUGGGACUGGAACGAUUGGCAAUGGUAUUGUUUGGUAUUCCGGACAUCCGAUUGUUUUGGUCGCAAGAUGAGCGAUUCAUUCAACAGUUCACCCCUGGCAAAAUCCAGAAAUUCCAACCGUUUUCGAAAUACCCGCCAUGCAUCAAGGACAUGUCUUUCUGGCUGCCCACCAAGAGCUGGGAAGAGAACGACUUUUGUGAACUGGUUCGCGAUGUUGCAGGUGACUUGGUAGAAAACGUCGAAUUGAUUGACGAUUUCACCCAUCCUAAAUCACAAAAGCGCAGUCUCUGCUACCGUAUCCUUUACCGAUCCAUGGAUAGAAACGUGACAAACGAAGAGAUCAACACGAUCCAGGACCGAGUGCGCGGCGCUGUAGAAAAGCAAUUUGCUGUUGAAUUGCGAUAGAGAAAAAAGCAUCUUUUCAUGCAAGAUGCACCAAAGUUUAGUUUUGAGAAAUCCCAUGUUACACAGAAUACAAAGAUUUAUAAUGUGCCUUUGUGGUUUUAUUUUUUACCCUCUCCCUUUC